CGUGAUCAGUCAAAUAUUUAAGUUCUUUCUAUUUUUUAUGCAAAUUGCAGCCUAGAAAAAGAAUGUGAUGUUUUAAUUUAGUACCUAUUGGAAAUCGCUCUAACUACCAAAUUAAUAGAGCCUUAAAAAAACAAGAGAAAUAAAUAAAAGGCGGUCAAUUGAAAGACAGCAGUGUGAUCAUUGCCAGGUAUAGCUUGAAGGCAUCAUAUUGUGGAGGCUGUCAGUAAGUGAGUGUGCUUUGUGCUGGUCCUCGUAGUUAUUUCGAGGCAUGGCGCAGGUUGGUGCUUCAGAAGUCUCUGUGCCGCUCUCGUGUGGGUGAACUUCAGAGGCAGGCAGUGAGGCAGCGUUUCCAGCACUGGAGGAGGCUGCUGCAACUACACUGGCAGCACAAGAUGUUCCUCAUGCGUGUGUUUGAAGACAGGCGAGAGCGGGCCAGGGAAAUACGGAAAGAAUGUGAGAAGAAUCAAGAAGAUGACUGCGGGGCAGUGGUGCUUCAUCAAAGGCAUGCUUGCAGUGGAGUGGAUGAGUUAUCUGAAGAUUUAGUACUUCAAAGAUCCCUUCUGAAAUGGAAAGGGGAAAGCUAUAAACUGCAGCUGGCCAGCUCGUUUUUCCGGGCUCGAGAAAAACACAGACUGCGGCAGAUCUUGAGUGGCUGGAAGAGAUGGGCAGAGCAGUCUUCAGAGGGCAAAGUCCAGAGGUUUGGUGCCAGACUGGAGCAGAAACUGAGCAGAGCAGUGGCAUUGCCGUUCAUAGAGGAGUCCUCAGUAUCUUCAGGUUUCCAUAGCGACUCCCCUGUCUGUCUCUCCCUAGACGUGUCUUGCAGUUCUGCAGAACAGGUGGACCAGGAGGUAAGUUAUGAGCGCACAUAUUUAAAGGCUUGCACGAUCGUAUCCAGAGGAGAUGUUAUGAAAAGGGAGCCUCAGGUUGACCUGUCAGAGAGUUCCCUGGAGCAGGAGGAGUGUGAACCCCCUCUGCGGACUUCCUCUCCCCUGUACAGUCCCCAGCAUGGGAUGGAAAUAGCAGACGGGUUGCACCAGGCUGUUGACGUCUGCUCAGUUUUGCAGUCAGAACAAAACGCAAUGAUUCUUUACCACAGCAGACAGCAGAGAUUAAAGGACCUAUGUCAUUGUGCUGUCGUCAGGAUGAUACACAGAUCGCUCAGUGUCUCUUUCUACCAGUGGAUGGAGUACAUGCUGAUGCGCCGAGCAGAGAGGCUUCUGAUUGGAUAUUUUAAGGAACGCAAGAACCAAUCAGUGCUGAUCUGGGCAUUUGAGACCUGGAGUGAAGAAAGGAGAUCAAUGGUCAAAGCUAGGAAGCACCGGGGUACCAUGCUACAGGUUCAUGUUAUUGCUGUUUGGAAAAGGUUUGUGUUGGCGCAAAGAAGCAAAGAUGGACUACUGAAACAGGCAACUCUGUUUCGAAACUUCCACUUGUUAAACAUGAGCUUCAGAACAUGGGAAGAACAGAAGAAGAACUUGAAAGUGAUCCGUUGCAGUGCCUCGGAGCUGUACAGGACGGAGAGAGUGGGGGAUUGGCUACAGAGGAAACUGGAGAGACGGAGAGUACAGCAAGGCUUUGCACUCUGGGCAGCACAAACUUGGCAGGCACACAACGUGAAGCUGUACCACAGGAAUGCCCAGUUAACAAGAAUGCUUAUAGCUUGGUGUGAAGUGACCAGGGCUGCCCUGUUACGCAGAGGCAAGGUGGUCGUGUUUCAGACACGCACAGAACGAAGGCUUCUCGCCUUGUGCUUUACCCAGUGGACCACCAACCUCCAGAUUGCACAGCAAAGGCAAAUCGCUCUGGAGCAUAGUCUAAUCAAACAGCAGAACGUUCAGAGAGCAGCUGUGAUGCAGAGGUGGAAACUGGCCACAAGGAGGAGCCAAGCGCACAGAAUACACAACACAGCUUUGCUGAAACAGGCGUUUAAUCAGUGGAAGCAAACGGCAGGGGCUGCCAGGAUUGCUGAACAGCGUUCAAGGGAAAAGGAGAAGGGAAGAUUGAAGCUGUUUUAUAGUUCCUGGUCAAUCUGGGUUAGAGAAAAUAAAGAACAAAGAUUGAAGUGUGAGGUCUUGAGAUUUUACUGGCAGAAGAGGAGGAUGCACCAUGCCUUCUAUCAGUGGAUUACAGCAUGCAACAAUCAAGCAGAAGCAGACAGACUCUACCAAACACACCUCUUUCAUAGGCCCUUUCUCAGAUGGAUGACUGGGGUUCAGGAGGAAAAGCAGUUUUCCGUUGUGGCGGCCAGUAGAAUCGGCACAUUGCAAAUGAAGGCAGCGUUUAAUACCUGGAGAGCACGUCUAGAGAUGAAUCAGACCCUGGACUUCCACCUUCGGAAAGCAAGACAGAGGACUCUGAGAACUGCAGUGAGAUCCUGGCAUCAUCAGGUUCUGUCGAGUCAAUGUCGCGCCAGGUACCUUUACAAGAAGUAUUACUGCCGCUGGACUCGGAUAGCCUCUUUAGGCAUGCAGAGGGAUUCUGAGGGUGUGCUACACACUCGAACCGAGGAGAAAUGCAGGAGUGAACUGGGCGGAAAGUACCUGAAGAAGUGGCGCUCUGCAGUUCUCCUGAAGCGGUUUCAGAGGACUCGGAGUCGUCAGCAGACACAACGGACCUGGGAUCAGUGGAGAAGCCUGACUGGAGCAGUGCAGUUCAUCAACAACAUGUGUGAGCGCAGGCUGCUGGAGAAAGCUUGGAUGAGAUGGAGAAAGAGACGCAUACAGGCGAAGGUGUCCCAAGCCUUUUCAGCUCAGCAACACUGGGCCCUGCUAUCUGAAGUCUUCACAGCUUGGCGUCAAGUGGCCAUUUCCCACAAGGAAGAUAUAGGAAGGGUAACAUGAGCCUGUGAUCCACUAACACCUCAGGGGAAGGGUGCCAGAGCCAGAACAACAAAGCUAGGCAUAAAGACCUUGAUGCACAAACAAUUUACACGUCACAAAGCCAUAUAGGAAUUGUUUACACUCGUGCUAUUCCUAUCUGCAGUGGGCUGUUUGGUGCAUGUUGCUCUUGUCUAGCUGAUUGCAUAAGAACAUUGAUUACCAAGAUUACAAAAUGAAUGGGAAAGAAGCCAACUCCCCUUUCACCUACAGCACGCAUUGAAAGUAUGUAUUUUUCCAACCUGGCAGCACCUGCUGGAUUAAGAACUCUGUGACUCCUUGCUUGGUAUUCCUGGCAAGAUCAGGCUUUAGGAACAGGACGGGACAGCAGCAUAAAGCUCACUCUGCUUCUUAAAUGGCUGGGAUUGAAAAAUUUGUCUUUUUUUUUUUUCUCAAGUGCAUAACAGUAACAAUAA